AAGCCACUGGCAUGGCCGAUGGCGGCUUCAGUAAAAAUUGCGCGAUAUUGCGUGAUUGUUUUUAGUUUUGUUUUGUAAUGAUGGCGAAAGGUGAUAAGGAUUUAGAAAAACCAAUUGUGAAGAACGAAUUAACUACUCCUGAAUCUCGAAGUACUGACAAUGAAGAUUCUGAAUCUAACCAAGAGCAACUUUUGGAUAUCGGCGAGCAUUAUCUAGUGAGGCGUGUCGAUGACUCAUGGCGGCCGGCUGAAAUUAUACAGACGCGGUACCAUGCGUCAGAGUCCUGCUAUGAAUAUUACGUACAUUAUGUGGGCUGCGAUCGAAGGCUUGAUGAAUGGGUUCCCCGCCACCGAAUUAUGUCCGAUAGAUUCGACGGUUGUGAGCAGUCCAGUAACAAUUCUGAUCAUUUGUUGACGGACAAGUCUGGUCGUAAAAUAACUCGCAAUCAGAAACGUAAACACGAUGAGAUCAAUCAUGUUCAAAAAACAUAUGCCGAGAUGGAUCCUACCACUGCAGCUCUCGAGAAAGAACAUGAAGCUAUAACAAAAGUAAAAUACAUUGAUAGGAUUCAGUUUGGCAAAUACGAAAUAGAUACAUGGUACUUCAGCCCUUACCCUGAAGAAUAUGGUAAACAAUCAAAAUUGUUUAUAUGUGAAUAUUGUUUAAAAUACAUGAGGCUAGAAAAAACAUUUAGGUUUCAUCUUGCUGACUGCCCUCAACGGCAACCACAAGGGACAGAAAUAUAUCGUAAAGGGACAAUAGCGAUUUUUGAGGCUGAUGGCAAAGAACAUAAGCUGUACUGUCAAAAUUUAUGUUUACUAGCAAAAUUAUUCUUGGACCACAAAACACUGUACUUUGAUAUAGAACAGUUUCUUUUUUAUACAUUAUGUGAAGUUGAUAAGGAUGGUGCCCACUUGGUUGGCUACUUUUCGAAAGAGAAGGACUCUCCAGAAGGAAACAAUGUUGCUUGUAUCCUUACACUUCCUCCCUUUCAAAGACAAGGCUAUGGCAAGCUGCUUAUUGCUUUCAGUUAUGAAUUAUCAAGGCUAGAAAAGGUAGUUGGUAGUCCUGAAAAACCUCUAUCUGACUUGGGUAAGCUAAGUUAUAGAUCAUAUUGGUCAUAUGUUAUUUUAGAAGUAUUAAGUGUAACUAGAGGCAUUUUAAGUAUAAAAGAUCUCAGUCUUAUGACAGGGAUUGCUCCAACUGACAUAAUAUCUACACUUCAAUCAAUGAAUAUGGUUAAAUAUUGGAAGGGACAACAUGUAGUGUGUGUCACACCUAAAAUGGUUUCAGAGCAGUUGGCUAGUUCUCAUUUCAAGAAGCCUCGCUUAACAAUAGACCCAACUGCAAUUAGGUGGACUCCACCUAUUAAACAAGGCCCGUCUGCUAAAGUGAAGAAAUAAAUAUAAUGAGUUUUGGAUUUUUAGUACAAAACAUUAGUCUAUUGUGGAAAAUUAAAUUUUCUACUAUUUUAUUAAUAUGGCAACCUAAAACACUCAUUUCAUUGUAGCUUUAUUACAAAAUAUUGGCAUUUUUCUGUUAUAUAAGAUUAAAUUAUGGAUUGAUUUUAUAUGUAUAAUAACUUAAAGAAGAAAAGUAUGUUUAAGCAAUAUCUGUUUAAAAAAUAGUUUGCCUUAUGUUUGUACAAUUCUUUUUAUUGUCAGUGAAAUGCUAUGAACAAUUUAGUUAACCGUAAGUUGUAGUAUAUUUUUAUAAGUUUCAAAAAUUUGUCACAACUGGGUAAUCAGUUCCACCAUUGUUAUACAGUCAAGGAAUAACUAAUUGUCUAAAAGUUAUUAAACUGUAUUUAACUGGUGAAAUAGUAGGUCCUAAGUGUCAGAUUGUUUAUGAAGAUCAUUUCAUUUUGUUAGAUUCUGUGAAUCAUUUGUUUCAUUGUGAUAAUUCUAGUUGUAAGUAAAAGUGACAAAAUAAAUUGUAACAAAAUA